AUGACGGAGUUUUGGUGGAAUGCGUGUGAGGAGAAGAGGAAAAUACAUUGGGUUUCUUGGAAAGAGAUGUGCAAAUCAAAGGCUAAUGGAGGGCUAGGAUUUCGGGAUAUAAGUGAUUUCAAUCAAUCACGGUUAGCUAAACAAGCAUGGCGAAUCCUCAAUGUACCUGACUCUCUGUUAUCAAGGUUAUACAAAGGUCGUUAUUUCCAAUCAACAGAUUUCCUAAGUUGUGGAAAGGACUCUCGGCCCUCCUACACUUGGAGAAGCAUUCUUCAUGGCCGAGAACUCUUAUCUCGAGGUUUGAUGAAAUCCAUUGGAAAUGGCCAGGACACUAAUGUUUGGAUAGAUAAGUGGAUCUUGGAUGAAGCCCCUCGACGACCGGUGAACAAGCAAUGUCUAUACGACUUAUGCCUUAAAGUCUCAGAUUUGAUUUUACCUUCAGGUCGCUGGAACGGUGGAUUACUACGGGAGUUGUUUCCCCCUGCAGAUGUAGUGCGUAUCGAGAAUAUGGAUAUUGGGAAUGUUCAUGACAAGAACAUUUGGUCUUACACCAAACAUGGAGCCUAUACUGUCAAAAGUGGAUAUUGGUUUGUGGCUAAUCAUCCGUUUGUGCGUCCUACCCCUUUAUCUGCAAGAGAUCAGUUUCGGAUUGAACUAAAAAACAGAGUUUGGUUAGUCAAGUCUACACCAAAUAUCAAAAUGUUUUUGUGGAGAGUUUUAUCAGGUGCGCUUGCUGUCUCAGAUAGAUUAAGAACGAGAGGUAUACAAAUUGAUCUUACGUGCAAGUUAUGCCGUAAUGACACCGAAUCGAUUUGCCAUAUGCUCUUUACUUGUGAUGCAGCACAACAAAUUUUUGUCCAAGCUCAGAUUCCGCAACCAGCGAGUGGCUUCUCGAACUCCCUAGAAGAGAAUUUUGCUUUUGUCUUGGAUCUAAUGGAAGACCACUCUCUGUUAGCUCCGACACGACAAGCUAUUCCAUGGAUUCUAUGGAACAUAUGGAAACACCGAAAUGCCAUUUUGCUUGCUGGUCACCAAGAAUCUCCAUAUACGAUAGCUCAACGAGCGAAGGAAGAGGCAACAAUCUGGUUUCAAGUCAAUACAGAGAUUCCAGUGCAGACAACAACUAACUGCUCCUUGAGUGCGUCUGAUAACUGCUGGUACCCACCUUUGAACGGUCAGGUCAAGUGUAAUCUGUUUGCGAAUUGGAGAAACCGAAACCUACUCAGUGGAGGAGCUUGGAUUCUCCGAGACCACUAUGGACAGGUGAUAUUUCAUGCUCGAGAUGCGUUUACAUGCUCUCCUAAUCGCCUUGUUGCAGAAUUUAGAUGUAUUAUUUGGGCAAUGACAAGCUUGAGUGACUUACACCUCCCUGAGGUCACCAUCGCUUCCGAUCUCGCUGAUGCAGUAGAGGCGAUUUAA